GAGCCUGCUUCUCUGAGUUUGUUAGUUGCUUUCCUAAAAAUAGCAGACGAGUGUCAACGUGAGUGAAAUUACGCCCAUGUAACACUGUCUCUCUUGGAGUCGUUUUGAUAAAAAUAUAUCUUUAUCGAGAAAAGGACUGGGAGGGGAACAGGCACAAUCCUAACCACCCGAGUUUGAGAGCCUGCCGUAGGUGAACCAACCCUAAGAGAUCUGUGUCCUGCCAAAAGAGGAGUAUUACGGUUACUGCCAGUUGUUGAGGCAAAGUGAAGACAGAGAGACGAUGUGUUAAGGAUCCGUUCUGGAAUAUUCACACAGACGUUGUUUCUGAUAUUCUUUGGGUGUCAGAGAAAUCAAACUCGAUCCCACCAUGGGGCGGAAGAAGAUCCAGAUCACACGAAUCAUGGACGAGAGGAACAGGCAGGUGACCUUCACCAAGAGGAAGUUUGGUCUGAUGAAGAAGGCCUACGAGUUGAGCGUUCUAUGUGACUGUGAAAUAGCCCUGAUCAUCUUCAACAGCUCCAACAAGCUGUUCCAGUACGCCAGCACCGACAUGGACAAAGUGCUGCUCAAGUACACCGAGUACAACGAGCCCCACGAGAGCAGGACCAAUUCAGACAUUGUGGAGAAAUUAAGAAUCAAAGGCCAUAAUGACUGUGCCAGUCCUGAGGCCGACGACUGUUUUGGCCAUAGCCCUGAUAUGGACGAACGCUUCCCCAAGCUAAACGAAGAGAGUGCUGUUAUGUACAGACGCUGUGGUGCGCUAAACAAGAAAGAACACAGAGGUUGUGAUAGCCCGGACCCCGAUGCCUCCUAUGUCCUCACCCCUCACACUGAAGAGAAAUAUAAAAAGAUUAAUGAGGAGUUUGAUAAUAUGAUGAGAAAUCAUAAAAUCCCCAGCGGUCUGCCUCAGCAAAACUUCUCCAUGCAUGUGGCCAACCCCAGCAGCCUGGCUCAGGCCUACAGCCCUGCAGGCUCCCUGGCUUCCCAGCAGGCCCUGGCUGCAGCCACCCAGGCCCUCAGCGACAGUGGCAUGCUCUCCACGCCCCAUGGACAACUUCCCAGGAACAUGGCCUCUCCCCAACGUCCCCCUAGUGCUGGCAAUGCAGGUGGCAUGCAGGGGAACGCUGAGCUGGCAGUGCCAAAUGGAACAGGCCCCAGCUCUGGCCCAGUGGGGAAUGGCUUUGUGGGCAACCCCAGUGCAAACAGCUUGGGAAAAGUCAUGCCAACCAAAUCCCCUCUACCCACUGGGGGAAGCCUGCCCCUCGCCAGCCGAAAGCCUGACCUGAGGGUAGUUCUCCCUCCGUCCAACAAAGGCAUGAUGCCACCCCUGAGCACCCAGAGGCUGAAUAACAGUUCCCAGUCCAGCCAGUCCCUGGCAACUCCAGUGGUCUCAGUAAACACCCCCAGUUUGCCUCCCCAGGGUCUGGUCUACCCAGGCAUGAACUCUGCUUACAACAAUGAGUAUUCCUUGAACAGCUCAGAUCUUUCCAGCUUACAAGGUUUCAACUCUCCAGCAGGCCUUUCCCUGGGCUCCAUGUCGGCAUGGCAGCAUCAUCAGCUGGGUCAGGCUGCACUGAAUUCACUGGUGUCUGGCAACCACAUACCUCAGUGCUCUAACCUCUCCGUCAACACCAACCAGAAUAUCAAUAUCAAGUCUGAGCCCAUUUCCCCUCCCAGAGACCGUGUGACCCAAUCAGGCUUCAUGGCCCAGCACCCUGCCCCUCCCCCACCCCACACCUCGUCCUCCUCCUCCAGGCCAGAGAUGGGGCGUUCCCCUGCCGACAGCAUCAGCUCUUCAUGCAGCUCUUACGAUGGCAGCGACCGGGAGGACCACCGGUCAGACUUCCACUCCUCAACACUGGGGGCGCUGGCCAGACCGCAGGGGGGGACGGAGAACAGGGAAAGCCCCUCGGUCAAACGCAUGCGCAUGGAAAGUUGGGUGACUUAAAACCUGUCAUAUCACACACACACACACAAAAUGAGGUUGUUAAACCUUCCCAGAAAGCACAGGAAGUAUACAAUAUGCGAGUUUCGUUGUUUUCACAUCUUUAUUAUUAUUCUUCACUGUUUUCAUAUCAGAUUGAAGUUCUUUGAAAAUUUACUUUGAAAAAGUGAUUUUUAUGAUUAUUGUUCGUAAUCUGCUUUUCUGGGGUAAAAUGUUGUUCAUUUUAAUUCAUGACAAUUUACUAUGUCUGACCAGAUAUGUUCUACAGUAUCUGAUCAGAUAAACAUUUGUUUAGCAUUGUGGAUUUAUUGUGGUCACUGCUGCGAUCUAAGGCACUUAUUUAAGUUUGCAAGAUGAUACAGCACAAAUAUUCAAAGUUCCAAAUAUUUAUCUUGAUUUUGGGCUAAGCUUGGAAUAACUAUCUACCCUGCCACUUUGUGUGGCCUGAUGUAGCUAUACAAGAUGAGUUUUCAGAUUUGAUUUCAUCACAAGGACUAAAGUACAAAGGGAUCGCCAUGGGAGGAGAAAGAGCCUUAGUUUCUCAUCGUCACAGGUUUUUGUUUAUUCACCCUGUUAGCAGUUCAACUGUAAAGCAAUACAUCAUGGUCUUCUCCCUCUCUUAAAAACCACAUUCUUUAUGUCAGCCAAAGCAGUAUGCUGAUUUUUUUAUGUAGUAGUGAGUGUAUUUUGAUAAUUUCCACAAAAUAAAACAUUGUUUCAGCAAUAUAUAGAAAAUUGAAAGCCAUGGACACUUGCUGUUCUUUAUGUAUAGUGAAAAUAAACAUGUCUUUUGUUAUAUAUAUAUAGCAACUCUAACAUAUAUAAUAUAUAUAUAUAUACAUAUAUAUAUUAUGUAUAUAUAUAUUAUAUAUACACACAUAUAUGUAUAUAUCUAUAUAUAUACGCAUAUACAUAUAUAUAUAUAUAUACAUAUAUAUCACUUUUUGUUGUAUGUACUUAUAUCUGUUGUACCUUCAAAUUUAAAAAAUAUAUUUAUAUAUUUUUGUGGAUUGUUGCCAUGUUUACAAGGCAUCAUUCUUUUUGAUCAAGUAUUCACUGGGUAAUAUUUUCUAUUUUGUUAAGUAAACUUUUCUCUUUACAAAUAAAUACUUUGGUAACCAGUUUUAGAGUUGGUGGGUGAUAAGUAUGUUAAAAUUGGAUAGACUACUGGUAAUGCCAUCUGGUCACAAUACGUUGAAAUAUAUUUCUAUACUGGAAAAUUGAUUUGCUAAUAGUAAAUUGUCCCCAACUGUGAUCAUUUUGGACCUUGCAGAUGAUAUUCAGUUCUAGGGUUCCGUCCAAGACGUGCCAAGUCUCAUCUUUGGGCAGAUGGAAAUAAAGCAGCUAUAUGUACUUAGAGAAAAUGUCCAAUGUGGAUCGUUUUUUGUGUUUGAUACAUUGUUUAUAAAAUGUAAAUGUUGUACAUACAUUAUUGCCUCCGUAUGAAACAUCAGAUGCAGACAUUGAUUGAAGUGAAAUACAAUAUAUGUACCCACAAUCUCUCUUAGUUGUUGUUGUUUUUUAUAUUGUCAGUUAUGUAGACAGCACCUCAUUGGAUGCUAUGUCCCCCCUAGUCAUCGCUCACCCUAUGUGGGUGACUAAGCACAAUCAUAUGUGGGAGCUCGUGAGUCCUUUUUC